AUGGCGGCGGUCAUGGUGGGGGAACCGCUUUAUCGACCCAUCAUUCCCUAUUUCAACCACCACGCUGUACCUGGCCAUCGUGGUGGGAAUAUUCUUGUUGACGGGCAUGAUGCAUCCGAGCGAGUUUCUAUUGCCUCCUGCACGGUUUCUGGUUCUUUCUUCUGCAUUCCCGCCGGCUAUCUGAUUCUCAUGAUAUACAGCAUCUGCAACAUCACCGACCAAUCUUUGGGAACGCGUGAGGUGAAAGAGUCCUCUGUGCGCGUUGUGCCCAAGAACUCGCAGGAUCGACUGAUUGCAGUGUUCAAGAAGGUGUUCUUCUGCUGUUUCACCAAAAUGGAGACGAAAUUGAUAGAGAGCCAAACGGAAGCGGGAACUCGUAGGUCGAUAGGCCGUGACUCCGUGAGCGAGUCGCUGGUAUCCACCGCCAACACUAAAACUGCCAGUAGUUCAAUUCGACGCAUGUCGUACGUAAACGAAGCAUUCGACGCGGUCGAUGAUGAACAUGUUGGAUUCUCUAAUACGGAAGAGGAUGACGAACAGUUUUUCGAUUGGAAAGGCGUACCAGUUGAACAAUGGCUUGGACGUGAUUUUAAAGCAUAUGACAGCGUGGUUAAAAAGUUCAAAGACAACGGAUUUGAAAACACUACCUUCAUCAGCAAAAUGACAGAGACAGAACUAAAAGAUAUCGGUAUCAAAAGUACGGGACAAAAACACUUCUUGAUGGAGAAGAUCAAGAAACUACCAGAUUUCGAAGUGGUGGUGACAGUUCCGAAAGACGUUAACAGUUGGUUAAAUACAAUUGGUCUAUUAAUGUACAAGGAUAACUUCAAACAAGAGCAGAUCACCUCUUCCAAGGACAUGGAGGUAUUGAAAACCUUCACUCGAUCCAAAAUUGAACUAGAGCUGAAAAUAACCAAAAUAGGUCACAUCAAGCGGUUGAUGCACGCUAUUGCAAAACUGCGGAACCCAACAUCCGAUGAACGGAAGAUCUUUGAGGUACGAAAGGAGCUGGAUAAGUCUAAAUUGGAAAAAAUGCGUGAAAGCAACCAGGAAGAGCACGAUUUUUGGGACAAAUUACUGAACUUGCGUCUUGUGCCUCAGUCCACUGCAUAUGGUCUAGAGGAGGAUCUUAAAAAAGACUUAGCAGAAUUGCGCAAUAAAUGGAUCGCCAUUUUUGCCGUGUUCAAUGCCAUUUGGAUGGUCUUGAUUUACUCUCUUGCCACUAAGGGGAAGCUACUCAGUGUCGCAAAUAGUAAUCCAGUCGGUCUGGUGGUACUUGUGAUAUUUAGCUUUGUGCUUUUUAUCCAGUUUAUCGCCAUGAUCAUUCACCGCCUCACGACCGCCACCCACUUUCUAGCACGCGCCCCCUACCUAUUUGGUGACAAAUACAAUGCCGCGUAUGCGCUGAAUGACCGUGAUAUCGCCGAUAAAAAUAGGCCAAUUUCGCACGUGGAAAGUAAACAAAAACAUCCAGGAUCUUCGGUCUACAUGUAACAAUGUCGUCAAACAAGAAGUGCAAAAACCGCUGCUGUCGCGGGAAAACGCCUAAGAGCAUCCGAAAUUCGUAUACGACUACAUCGCAGCUGCUUUGUAUUUUGCGUUUAUAUAAUCACUGCAAGAACAGAUUUAUAAAUGUUUUAAAGUCAAAAAGAUUCAAGUCUAUUUGAAAGACUAUACAAUGUAUACAUACAUGUUUAUGACUAUACAUAUUUAUAAACAUUUUCUGACACACUGAUGAAAUUAUACGAUGACUAUACUAAAACUCUCGGGAAAAGACUGCAAAAUAUUGUUUAUCCAUUUGAUGAUGAAUUUACUAUUAAAACGUUCGUAUUUUGCGCAGUUGUCCCAAACAAUGGAAGCAUACUCUAACAAAGGUCUUGAUAUGAAACGUAUAUUUGAUUGAGUGUUUCCCGCUUGAGUUUGUAUUUUAGCAUUCUCAUGGAUCCAAGUAUUUUGGAAGCUGAUUUUGUAAUAUUGUCAAUAUGUUUGUGCCAGGAACCGUCUUCACUUAGCGUAAUACCAAGAUGUUUAUGGUCUUUUACAAAGGAUUAAUGGGUUUCGUCGAAAUCUAAAUUUGGACGGUUUUGACUUUUCAAGAGACUGAAAAACAUUACUUCCGUUUUGGAGGGAUUAAACUCGAUGAGCCAUUUCUUUGCCCAUUGGUUUAUACAAUCUAGGUCAUGAUUUAGAACACUUUCACUCCUUUUGUAAAGCUGUUGACGAAGGUAAAUAGGUUCGAGACGUUUUCUGCGACAUUUCUAAGGCCUUUGACAGAGUAUGGCAUGAAGGACUUAUUCACAAGCUCCGACAAAGUGGUAUCUCUGGCAAUCUUCUAUAUUGGUUAAAAGACUACCUACAUGAGAGGACCCAGUGUGUUGUAAUCUCUGGCUGCCAAUCUGACCCAUUACCCAUAAAUGCUGGUGUCCCUCAAGGGUCUAUAUUAGGGCCCCUCCUCUUUCUUAUAUAUAUAAAUGACAUUGUAGAAGAUAUACACUGUCCAAUUCGCCUAUUUGCAGACGACACUACGCUUUACAUCAUCGUCGACAACCCUUAUGAUGCGGCUAAUCAUCUUAACUCUGAUCUUGCAAAAGUGCAUUCCUGGGCUGAUGAUAAGUGGUUCGUUACCUUCAAUCCAUCCAAAACCGAAUCCUUAGUUAUAUCUAGAAAAAUCAAACGCACAAUCCAUCCCCCUCUUUUUCUCAACGACUGCCGAAUCACUGAGGUUUCGUCUCACAAGCAUCUAGGCUUGACUUUUUCUGAAACAUGUUCCUGGCAUGACCAUAUUGAAUCAAUCAAGAAGAAAGCAUGGCACAGAAUCAAUCAAAUGCGAACGUUUAAGUUUACGCUCUAUAGAAAGUCUCUUCUAUCGAUAUACACAACAUUUAUUAGACCAUUUCUUAAAUACGCUGAUAUAGUCUGGGAUAACAUUAAUACACAAGAUGAAAUAGAACUUGAAAAUAUUCAACAAGAAGCAGCAAGGAUAAUCAGCGGGGGAACACGUUUAGCAUCUUUGCAAAACCUAUAUAAUGAAACUGCUCUCGAACCAUUAAAAAAGGAGAACAACACACAAACUUACCCACUUCUAUAAAGUGUAUAAUUCACUAUCACCCCCAUAUUUUUGCACACGUAUCCCCUCUAGCGUGUGUGUAAGAUCGGCUUAUCCUCUUCGUAAUUCUAACAAUAUUCACAGCAUUCAAUGCAAAUCACAACUUUUUACACGAUCCUUCCUACCAUCAACUAAAAACUUAUGGAACAAUCUACCAGAAGCGGUAAGAACGGCUCCUUCUCUCUCUGCUUUCAAAGCAAAUCUUAGUAAAGAUAAAAGAAGAAUACCCCAGCAUUACUACGAUGGUGAGCGGACGUCUAAUGUCCUAAAUACGCGUUUACGAAUGCAUUGUAGCAGUCUAAAUGAACAUUUGCACGCGAAAAACAUUGUACAAAGUCCAUAUUGUCAAUGUGGUGCGAUUGAAGAUACAUAUCACUUUUUCUUCAAUUGCCCCAUUUAUACAGAAAAAAGAGUUAUCCUUUUGAACAAUCUGUCCAGUUUCCAACCCAUAACCUUGCAACUACUUCUUUUCGGGGUUUAAGACGAAUCAUAUGAAGUAAACUCAUUAAUAUUCAAACAUAUUCAGUCUUUCAUCCGAGAUAGUCAUAGAUUCUAACCCAACUAUAUCUCAGGAACGAACUAUAUUCUGCUAACAAUGCCCCCUUCCGCAACUGCUUCUUUUCUUACCGCAACUUCUCUUAUUCUGAAACUCUACUCUUUCAUUUAUUUCCCUUUCCUUCUCAACGUAUUAGCUCUUAUGCUAUCUUCAUUACUCUGUUAUACUAUUUGUAUUAACUUAUAUUAUUUUUCCGUUUCUAAACGGUACACACUUGCCUAUCACUGUACUAUAUUAUUCGUAAUGUUGACAUGUCUUUAUAUAGUUGUUAUACGUUUGGUUGUUUACACAAUUACAGCAGCGCUUCUAACUGACAGAAGAGAGACAUAGUAUAAGCCUCGAGCUUCCUUAUCAAUUAUGUCUAAUUGUAUUUUACAGCCUUUAUGUUAAGCAAUACUGCAAUUUCUACCUGCCUAGUAUAUUGUUCGAAAAUAAUAUGUAUGUUUGUAUAUUAUUGCUUAUAUGUACUUUCAAUGAACUAAAUAAAUAGUUUUUAAACCAA